GCUCUGAUACAUCUUUUGCAGAAAUAUAGACUAACAAUCUCUUCUCCCUCUUGAUUGAAACAAAAGGGGCCUUUGCCAUUGGAUAUUGGAAGAUUGGCAACAGGAUAUGGAAUGGGAGUCUUUUCCUAUGUGGUCCCAGUUUUUAUAGCUGAAAUUGCACCCAAGGAGCUACGGGGAGCACUAACAGCUUUAAAUCAGCUUAUGAUUGUUGCUGGAGUUUCAGUUUCCUUUAUUGUAGGGACAGUUCUAACAUGGAGGGCUUUAGCAUUAACAGGUAUGGACUUUAUCAAUUAAUUCAUUCAAGCAUCAAAGGAAAGAGAGAGAGAGAGAGAGAGAGAGAGAGAGAGAAGACACUACAAUUGUUAUUGCACCAUGUUGCUCACUUGUGAGGUGCUUGCAGGACUCAUUCCUUCUGUGAUUCUGCUCGUUGGGCUCCUUUUUAUUCCAGAGUCCCCAAGAUGGCUGGUAUAUGAAAUGGCACUGAAACCAAGAAAAGAUUUGCUUUCUUUAUUAAUGAAAGUAAUAAUAAAUUGAUAAUGAAACAAUCUAACCAUUAUAUGCAGGCAAAGACAGGGCGUGACAAGGAAUUUGAAGCUGCACUACAGAAACUCCGUGGCAAGGAUACUGAUAUAUCAAAUGAGGCAGCUGAAAUUCAGGACUAUAUAGAAACGCUUGAACAACUCCCAAAAGCCAAAAUGCUGGAUUUGUUUCAAAGAAGAUACUCACGCUCAGUCAUUAUAAGUGUUGGACUGAUGAUCUUCCAACAAUUUGGAGGAAUUAAUGGAAUAUGCUUUUACGUCAGCAAUACUUUUGAGUCAGCAGGGGUUUCUUCCAGCCUUGGGACUACAAUCUAUGCUAUUUUACAGGUCCUAGUUACUGCACUCAACACAGUUGUGAUUGAUAGAGCAGGAAGAAAGCCCCUAUUAUUGGUGUCUGCAACUGGAUUGGUAAUAGGCUGUCUACUGACAGGAACCUCAUUUUACCUAAAGGAGCAUGGACUUGCGUUUAACUCAGCUCCCAUUCUUGCUGUCACUGGCAUACUGGUAUACAUAGGAUCAUUUUCAGCAGGGAUGGGUGCAGUUCCUUGGGUCGUAAUGUCUGAGGUAUUCCCUAUAAAUAUCAAAGGAGCAGGAGGAAGCCUAACAACACUAGUCAACUGGAUCGGUGCAUGGGCUGUUUCUUAUACAUUCAAUUUCCUUCAAGAGUGGAGCUCCUAUGGAACCUUUGUCCUUUAUGCUGCAACCAAUGUACUGGCUAUAGUAUUUGUAAUCACGGUGGUGCCUGAAACAAAGGGGAGAACCCUGGAGCAAAUUCAAGCAGCCAUGAAUGCAUAGAGAAACAACAAAAAUUGAAUAACAAUAAUUCCUUUUCUGGAAAUUAAAAUACAUAGAGAUGAUUCCUUUUUUUUUUCUCUCUCUCUUUUUGUAUUCCGAAAUGGAAAUGAAAUUUCUUUACCUCAAAUUGUAUAGCAGUAUGAUUUUGUCAAUGAAAUUUACAACGAUUUCACCUUAGAAAAACUGUGCUGCUUCCCUGGCGAGCUAAAACCGCCUCUGAGUCAGAAAUCGGUGCACUUUGGGGCGGAGAUAACGUACACCGCAGUAGUGUUGGCGGAUUGAACGGAGCGUCUAGACCGGUGACGACGCGUAAAGCAGCGACGACGACGGGAUGUAACCGGAGAGAGGUAGGGGAUGGGAGAGGGUGAAAUUG